AUGCUGGCGGCGAAGAACGACACGGACUUUAUGGGCGAGUAUCCUGGCUCGCAAAUGUCGCGACUCUCCAUUUAUUUCAAGCAAAGACAGAUAAUUACCUCCAAGCGCUCCGAAAUUUAUGGCAUAACCGACUUUCUGGUCAACUGCGGUGGCGUCUUUGGUCUCUUCAUGGGCUUCUUCAUACUCAGCCUGGUGGAUAUAUUAUAUCACUUUACCUUGCGUUUCAUUGCCAAUCUGAAACAAGUGACUAAAGUUGAUAAUUCGAGCCACUAG